UUGUUAUUUUCACAACAAAUCUUUAACAGCUUUAACAGCUGAUUGGAUUUUAAUGUUUUACCAAAAAAGUAAUUAACAAUGAAAGGCAAAAUCGAGGAAUUGUUAGAUGCUUUGUACUUGGAAUUACUGCAUUUGAUAGAACAACAAACCGAGUGCCGUGUAAAUAUAGAACGUUUAACAAAGGCAGGGCUCUUGUUAUUGGCCAAAACUCGCUAUGUUAGCGGGAUGCAAACGGUAAGCGUGGCUCAGUUGCCUACAGAGAAUAGUGAAGAUUUUAAGGCCUUAUGUCGCGUCGUUGAAAGAAGUGAUGAGGAAGCAGUUUCUGGUCACAAAAUUCAAUUGGUACGUUCUGCAGUUGAGAAAUCCGAGGGCUACUAUGAACCAUUGCACUUUUUUAAUAUAUUAGUACCCAGUAGUUUACGCAAUGCUGCUGAGCAAUACAAAAAAAGCAUAGCGUUGCUCGUUGAGAGUGCUAAUAUCCAAAGAGAAAUGUUAGCCGUAAUGGAAAACAUAAAAGACUUGAAAAUUUUAAAGAAACAAUUCUAAAAUAAAAAAUUUUUUUUAUU